CGAGAUUCGAAAAAAGUUCGCGGCAUAAGUAUACUAUAGAAGAAAUGGAUUUAAUCGCAUUGAUCGUGAGUGGAAAGAUUGUAGCGUGCAAGUAUGUUCUGCCGGCAAACCGCAUAUAAAAAGGUCUUUUCUGUGCUCUUGGCGUUCAGUCUUCUUUUCCCCACGUCUUUCAGUGUGCGUUUGUUUUCGUUAGUCUGAGGAAAUUCCAGAUAAUAGCAUAAUAAUAUUCCAGCAAAGAUGUCAUACAAAAUCGAACCAUUGCCCAAUUCGUAUGCCCACCUCGGUGAAGGUCCUCACUGGGAUAUUGAGAAGCAGAGCCUUUAUUACGUAGACAUUGAAGCUGGCAAAUUGCUGCGCUACGACUACCAGGAAGAUAAGGUGUACCAGAGCAAAAUCGAGGGUGUGGAGCUUGCCUCGUUCGUUGUGCCAAUCGAGGGUCAGAACGACAAGUUUGUCGUUGGAGAUGGACGUCGUGUCGUUGUCGUCUCCUGGGAUGGUAUCUCUGAAACAAGCAAAGUAGAUCGCGUACUCUUUGAAGUCCAACCCGAUGAGCAAUACGUUGUUAACCGUUUCAACGAUGGCAAAGCUGAUCCACGUGGUCGCCUCUUUGCUGGAACAAUGCGUUAUGUAGGCGAUGAAUUCAAGGAUCGUUGGGGCGAGUUGUACAAGUACGAAAAAGGUGGCAAAGUUUCUGUGGUGAAGAGCGAUGUCGGCAUUUCCAACGGUUUGGCUUGGAACGAGCAAUUGAAGAAAUUCUACUUCAUUGACACCACCGAUUAUGAAGUGAAGGAGUACGACUAUGACUUUGAUGCUACAUAUCGCACACCAUCUUGAAAAGAGUCACACCUCAAAAGUCCGAUCCGAAAAUAUAACUGUUUGUAGAUGGUACAGAUUUAACGCAAUUAAUACAAAAACAGUUACAAUAGUAGUUUUCUAGCUAGAGAACAUAAUGAUG